CUUCAUUUUUUCGGAAACCCCACACACCCAAGAAAAAGCAAAACCCUAGAAACCCACUUUUGUGGGUCUCAAAAUCGGGAACCAAAAUCAGAAGCAGAAAAAAGGAAAACAAACCACAAACGAAAACCCAUUUCUUUUUCGUUUCUCGCAGCACAUUUUUGUGAACAAGUCAUUCAAUCUCUGCCGUCUGUGUUUCACAUUUCAUUUUGGUUUUGUUUUUUAUUUUUUGGUUUUCAGGGAGCAGAAACAAGUGGAAGCAGAUUUGGGUUUUUUUUGGGACUCUUAAUGGUUUCCUUUUCGCGUGUCUUGAUGUGUGUUUAUUAAUGGUUUGCGUGGCCUCCUUUUUUUUUCUCUGAUAAUGCGUUUUGUGUUCUGAGACUAGGGUUUUCGCAUCUUCACUUCUUUGCUUUAAGGAAGUGUUGAGUUGUGCGUUUCGGCCUGGCAAUUGAUUUUCCCUGGUUUUGAAGGUGGGGUUUUUUAGUUAGGAAAGGAAUUUUGUAACGGAAAAGAUGUCAUCCCCUUAUCAAGUUCUUGAUAAUCGGCCAAUUGAUCAGUGGAGAGUUACAGAGUUAAAAGAAGAACUCAAGAGACGAAAAUUGACGACAAAGGGUUUGAAGGAGGAUCUGGUUAAAAGGUUGGAUGAAGUACUUCGUAAUGAAAGGGAAAAUGCCGAGGAGGAUGUUGAUAAUGGUUUUGAUCAUCCUCCUUCACCUGAAGCCAUGAACAAAGCUGCAGAGGAAGCGCUGCUUGUUACGAAAACUGAUAAUGAACAUGUGGCUAUUAGUGAUUACAGAAACAAGAAAGUGGAUGGUGCUACAAUUCAGGUUGACAUUGAUGACAGUGCUGCUGCCUUGGUUCAAAGGAAAGAUUUAGAGGAAAUAACUGGUGGUACUGAUUCUAUGGUAGAUAAGAAGCAAGAUAUUCAUGCAAUUUCUGUCAAAACCAGCACCAUGGUUAGUGAGAGUGUGGUAUCUGAAAAGGCACAGGGUGGGCAAGAGGAGCAGAACAAUGAAACCCAGAAGGAGAGAGGGGCUUCAAAGCCCCAGCCGGAGGAGGAUUCAAAGUCUACACAUGAUGAUGUCAUGCUCAAGUCUUCUGAUCCAAACAACCAGGUAUCUGAGGUCAGCCCUGUUUUAGGGUUUCAAGUAAAAUCUGAUUCUAUUUCUACUGAUUCUGUGUCAAUUAAUGAAAAGAAUGAACUAAAGGAUAACAUAAUUGCUGAUAAUGUGAAAUUAGACCUAGAUGUUAUUAAACCUGAGAUGGUGGAACCAUCAUCCAGCAGUGUUGUACCAGAUGGUGGCGAAAUGCAUCCAAUGGAUGUUGAAGAGCCACAUGAGAAAAAAGUACCUGUUGAAGAAACAGAUAACAACCAUGCUACAAAUGCGGACCUGAACAAGAAGAAUGAUAGUGCAGAUAUGGGAUCUUCAGAGAAAUUGAAUUUAGACAGAAGUUCUGGUGAUGAUUCCAUGGAAGAGGAUAUAUUAGAGAGUAAGCAAAUCGAUUCGAAGUAUAAUUCUGAUGAAGUGGGGGACAGGAGUGAGCAAACUGAAGUGCUUGUUGUAAAGGAGGAAGGUCAUGUUAAUGUUGUGGGCGAUGUUCCAUCUGCUGACAAGAAAGGGAUCCAUGUCGAGACUAAGGACAGGCCUGUUGCACCCCCUGAGAAAAGGAAGCUUCAAGAUACAGCAGGUGGGAACAUCGAGUCUUCAAAGAGACAACGCAGGUGGAAUGCUGAAAGCCUCAAAGUUCCUGAACCACUAAGCUCUAAUCUUUCUCCUUCCACAACACCUAAGGAUGCUUUUCAGGCUACUACUUUAAAACGAAAUUUCUCCAGAUCUGAUUCUACAGUCAGUGAGGAUGCGCCUAAGGAACGUGUCGUUCCACCAUCACCAAAACCUCCUACUAAUUCCCUAAGAAUUGAUCGUUUCCUGCGUCCUUUUACCCUGAAAGCUGUGCAAGAACUCCUAGGAAAAACUGGAAGUGUCACCAGUUUCUGGAUGGACCACAUAAAAACACACUGCUAUGUCUCUUAUGCAUCAGUGGAGGAAGCCAUGGAGACACGAAAUGCAGUAUAUAACCUACAAUGGCCUUCAAAUGGAGGACGCCUCCUGGUGGCUGAAUUUGUUGACCCUCAAGAAGUCAAAAUGCGGGUGGAGGCUCCUCAGGCUCCGGCUGCUCCUGUCAAUGUUGGUCCUACUGUUCCUCCUUCACCACCUGCCAAGCAGCCUCAGCCUCCCCCUCGUAAGCAGGUUACACGGCAGCAGCUUCCACCCCCACCCCCUCUUCCACCUCCACCACCUUUGUCAAACCCACCCCAAACUAGGGAGCGGCUUCCUCUUCCACCUCCACCUCCACUACCUGAAAAAGUUGACCCUCCCAUCGUAACACUGGAUGAUCUAUUUCAGAAAACUAAAGCAACUCCUCGAAUCUACUACCUACCCUUGUCUGAAGAACAAGUUGCUGCAAAACUUAAGGCACAGGGCAAAAACACAAAGCAGUCUGCAGGUGUUGCUUGUGGGAAGGAAGGAGGAUCCGGUCGGAUGAUGACAGCAUUUUGGGUUUUCCGAAGAUUGCUUUCUUUGGGGUAGUAGAGGCUGAGUUUGAUUUUGAACUUAAGAACCCUUAAAACUGAGAGCGUUCUUUGUGCGUGGAUCAAUGCAACCUUGGUCUAAUCUUUAUUUUCAUAUGAACCCAGAAUUCGACUUCCAUAAACCGUGGGUGAUGUUUUCUUAUGAAUCUCAUUAAUAGGUUAAAGUUAACAUAAA